UUUUGGCUCUUGCUGGAUUGUCGAGACAAGGCCCAAGGGUUCGUUUCUAGCAAUAGCGAAAUUCGACGUGUGCGUGCGCUUCUGUGCGUACGAGGGAAACGAUGAAGUGGAUUUUCCCACGUGGGUGUUUCUCUUCCAUUUUGCAACCCGUUUUGCUUCACUCCAACCCGGGUCGACCUGUUUCCUGCUCCACAGUGUUUUCUUCGCACAAAACCCGGAUUCCACUCCAUCUCCGGCCGCCCACCUUCGGUGCCACCGUUGCAGACCUGAAAAAAUGGCACAUUUGGGCAAAAAACCUAGUCUCUUCUGUGGGCUCCACUUUCUUGGACUUGGAUAACGGCCCGGACUCGACCCUUUUGCAGAGAGAGCUCACAUGGCUCAUUCAAGAUGCAUUUGAAAACCCCAAUAAGGUUUCAUUUCAGAAUUCAAAUGAUGAUGAUUCAGUGGUGUCACUAAGGGCAUGUUUGGAUGAUCUUUACGAGAUGUGGAAACAGAGGAUUGAAGAGAGAAGGCCAUUUCAGUAUGUAGUGGGGUGUGAGCACUGGAGGGACUUGGUGUUGAGUGUUGAAGAAGGGGUAUUGAUACCAAGGCCAGAGACUGAGAUGAUUGUGGACUUGGUUAAUGAUGCUGUAAAUGAAAAUGAGGAGUUAAGGAAUGGUUUAUGGGCUGAUUUGGGGACUGGGAGUGGAGCACUUGCCAUUGGAAUUGGCAGGAUUUUGGGUGAUCUUGGUAAAGUUAUUGCAACUGACUUGAGCCCUGUUGCUAUUUCUGUAGCAUCCUAUAAUGUGCAAAGGUAUGAUUUGCAGGAGAAAAUUGCGGUUAAGCAAGGAUCUUGGUUUGAACCGUUAAAGAAAGUUGAAGGAGAACUUGCAGGACUUGUUAGCAAUCCACCGUAUAUUCCUAGUGAUCAUAUUGGUGGCCUACAAGCUGAAGUUGCUAAACAUGAACCAAGGCUUGCACUGGAUGGUGGUGCAAAUGGCAUGAAUGAUCUUCUCCAUCUGUGCAGUGGAGCUGUAUUCAUGUUAAAACCUGGUGGAUUUGUUGCAUUUGAGAGCAGUUUUUUCAAUCCCCUUGGUGUCAGAAUGCUGAAUAAGGCGCCGUAACUGACUGCUUACCAGUUACCACAUAAGGAUUUGGAAAGAUGAGCUAUUGAACUGCAGCGUUAAUACUGUUAAUUAGCUUGUAACAUCACCAAAUGGACUUUAUGUUGAGCAUGUUUCUAGCUUUCUUAUUCACGGUGAGAUAUAGAGUCUCCUAUUAACUGCAUGAGAUGUGAAGUCAAAUCCUAGUAUCGAGCUCUCAAUUUUGGGAGAAGAGUGGUUAAAAUGUGUCCAUUUAAGGAAGCAGUUUCUUUUCAUCAUAUACUUUUGACCUUCUUACUGCAGACAAAUGGUGAAACACAGAGCAAAUUUCUAGUCGAGCGCAUGGAUACUGAAACAAAAGGCAGCUUCCAUAAUGUGAAGAUUAUAUCCGAUUUUGCUGGCUUCCAGAGAUAUGUGACAGGAUAUAAAGCAAGAUGAGCUGUUUAUUGUUCAUGCCACCGGUUAUGGACACAGCCUUGGCAGAAAAAGACGGGAGAUAUGACCUACAGCCAGUCUGGUCUAAUGAGCAGUCAAAUGCCCUUCGUCCUUUUGUUUUCAUCACGAUGACCGCAUGAUUGAUAUGGACAAAACUGAUAUGGUGCAAUUAAUGAAACUGUAGCUUCUUUUUGUUCCUUUACUGUAUUAAGUGUGAUCAAAGUUACACUAUGAAACAUGACAUAGUUUAUGAGUCAGUUCAAGCCUUUGUGUUAUUCUUUACAAGACAAAUUGUAGCGCUCGUGGAUUUUCAAGUCAGUAAUGAUUAGAAUUCUUAUUUAAAGUUGGUUCACAGAAUAUUGGUUGUGGGUGAAAUGAGUACUUGUUGUAGAUUACUGGGACAAUUAUCCAGAAUAAGCCUCUAUCUAUUUGUCUGGGAUUAUUGAUCUCAGAUGAGGGCUAUCUUUGCUCUUAAUAUAUUUUGAACAAAGCUUUUUAAUC